AUGUGCGUUGACUACACCAGUCUCAACAAUGCAUGCCCGAAAGAUUGCUACCCCCUCCCGAGAAUCGACCAGUUGGUCGAUGCAACGGUUGGACACGCGCGCCUCUCUUUCAUGGACGCCUAUUCAGGGUACAACCAGAUCAGGAUGGCGCCCGAGGACAGCGAACACACGGCCUUCCUCACCGACCAGGGGGUGUACUUCUAUAAGGUCAUGUCGUUCGGGUUGAAAAACGCCGGGGCCACGUACCAGAGGACGGUGAACAAAAUGUUCGCCCAUCAGAUCGGAAGGAACAUGGAAGUAUACGUAGACGACAUGAUCGUGAAAAGCCAAAAGACCGAAGCACAUAUUGCCGACCUGGCCGAGGCGUUCAGCACACUACGCAAGUUCGGCAUGCGGCUCAACCCCACAAAAUGCGCCUUCGGUGUCACCUCCGGGAAAUUCCUCGGGUUCAUUAUACAUGAAAGGGGAAUUGACGCCAACCCGGAGAAAGUCCAAGCGAUCAUCAACAUGCAGUCACCCCGGACAAUCAAAGACCUGCAGCGACUGAACGGAAGGAUUGUUGCCAUAUCCCGUUUCCUUGCCCGGUUGGGGGAUCACUGCCUCCCCUUCUUCAGGGCGCUCAAGGACCCAAAAAAAUUCCGGUGGACAACGGAGUGCGAAGAAGCCUUCAAACAAGUAAAGCAGUGCCUGGCGAACCUCCCUCGGCUCGCCUCUGUUUCUCCCGGCGAGAAGCUGGGUCUCUACUUGGCGGCCUCCCCACACGCGGUCAGCUCUGUCCUGAUCAAGGAAAGCUCUGACCAACAACUCCCGAUCUACUACGUCAGCCAUGUCCUAGGUGGACCCGAGGAGCAUUACCCGCCGAUCGAAAAACUCGCGCUCGCCUUGGUGCUCUUGGCUCGAAAGUUGCGCCCCUACUUCCAGGUGCACACGGUGGAGGUCAUCACCGACCAACCCCUUCGGCAGGUCUUAACAAAAUUUGAUGUUGUAGGAUGGCUCCUCAAAUGGGCGGUGGAGCUGGGCGAACAUGACAUAAGAUACGUGCCCAGGACCGCCAUCAAGGCUCAGGCGGUGGCCGACUUCAUCGCGGAGUUAACUCAGAUGGAGGACAGGGACCUCGAGCAAACCCCCGAAGCUUGGACCCUGCAUGUGGAUGGCUCGGCCAAUUCAAGGGGUGCCGGCGCGGGACUGGUUCUCCUCGCCCCCGACGGACGCUCGUUUGAACGUUCCCUCCACUUCGGGUUUAAGGCCACCAACAACGAGGCAGAGUACGAGGCACUCCUAGCUGGACUGAGGCUGGCCCUUGAGAUGCAGGUGGCCGCAAUACACGUCCUCACCGACUCGCAGCUCGUGGCCGAACAGCUCAGCGGAGGAUACGAAGCUCGGGACGCAACCAUGGCAAAAUACCUGGCACGGGUAAAGGACCUAACCGCCAAGUUCCCUUACUUUACGUUAUCUAACGUUCCGAGGGAGGAGAACGCGCGAGCCGACGCGCUAGCUAAGCUCACGUCAAAGCUGACCUCCGAAGCGUGGCCGGAGGUUGAGGAGCUCCCCGCUCGCGCCAUUGAAGUGGCGGUCGCCGCCCAAGGCAGUGCGCCGAUCACAUGGGUACAGGAGCUGCUACGCUUCAAGAAGGAUGGCACCCUUCCCCUCGACGAGGUAGCGGCUCGGCACCUGCGCCAUACACAUGCAUGGUACACCGAGGAGAGCAGGCGGCUUUACAGACGGUCCUUCGCCUACCCCCUCCUGCGGUGCUUGGAGCCUGACGAAGCACAGACGGUUCUGGCCGAAACCCACGAAGGGUGGGGCUUGGACCUACUCGGACCCUUCCCGUCGGCUUCAGGACAGCGGAAGUACAUAAUCGUAGGAGUGGACUACUUCACAAAGUGGUUCGAGGCCGAGCCACUAGCGACAAUCACGGAACAUCAGGUGGAGAAGUUCGUGUGGAAAAACCUCGUGACUCGGUUCGGGUUACCCAAAGCCAUCAUCACAGACAACGGACCCCAAUUCGCCGGCCGAAGAUUCCGGGAGUUCUGCGCAGGUCAUGGCAUCCAACUAAGGUUCAGCUCAGUGGCCCACCCUCAGACAAACGGGCUCGCGGAGGUAACCAACCGAUCCAUCCUGGACGGACUCAAAAGAAGGGUGUCCGCAGCCCAAUCGAUCUGGGCGGACGAGCUCCCCAGCGUACUCUGGUCGCUGCGCACCACUCCCAAGGCCGCGACUAGAGAGUCCCCGUACAGUCUGACGUUCGGGACCGAGGCUGUCUUACCACCCGAAAUGGCUGUCGCCACCCUUCGGACAAGGAGCUACGACGAGGAAGUCUCGAACGAGGGACUCCGUGCCAGCCUCGACGUGCUCGAAGAGCGACGCGCCGACGCGCACCUAAAAGCCCUCUCUUACCAGAGAGCCGUCGCGAGGGUCUACAAUAAGAAGGUACGCCCCCGACCGAUCAAGCUAGGCGACCUAGUCCUGCGAAAAGCCGAGGUUAGUGACCCGGCCCGAGUGAGGGGGAAGCUAGCCCCCAAAUGGGAAGGACCUUAUCGGGUCGCCAAAACGGUCCGACCGGGCACAUACCGGCUCACGACAAUGAACGGCUCUCCCUUACCGAGAACCUGGAACAUCUGGAACCUCAAGAAGUUCUUCGUCUGA